AGCAUCCAGCACAUAGCCAACCCCCCCGCACACACACUCCACAUCACCACCAUCAUCCGGCCCGGGAGGACGCCGCGGAUAUUUUUGAGAGACAAAUAUCCUUUCCGCUGAAAAUCCUCCGCAUCACUGAUCUUUUUUGGGGGACAGCCCUCCCAGACUCCCGGUCCGUCUGUCUCCUCCUCAAACCACGAGGUGGCCGCACCAGAUUGGGAUUGGCCCUGAUGAUCACAAGGACCCCCCUCCACCUCUUCAAUCCUGGAGGGGCUGCAGAGCUGAUGUCUCAGAGGGCGAGAGGGUAUUUGUGUUCUGGAGUCCUGAAGAGACAAGCCACAUCACGAUAAAUGGAGGAGAAGGAGAGAUGUAGGAGCAGGUCUCCGGCUCGGAGGGCCAGUCGGGUGCAGCAGGUGGUGGGAACAAUAAUACGACGCACCCGAGAGUCGCUUAGCAGAGAGCGGUUGCUAGGCGAUGGGAGGUCGCAGCGCUCCAACAGUCUGUCCAAUCAGAACUUCCAGGCCAAGCUGACGCUGCAGAUCACCAGGGACCCGGUCCUGGACAGCAGCACAGGACAUGGCUUCAGCCUCACCACAAACGCACCCCUGCUGGUCAGGGACGUCGCCACAGGGAGUCCUGCAGAUGGGAUACUGUUCCCAGGGGACCAGGUGCUGCAGAUUAAUGAUACAGUGCUGGAGGAUUUGAGCGCUGAGCAGGUGGAAAACAUCUUAAGGGACUUGGAGGAUUGUAUCACUAUGACCAUCCUUCGGCACAUGACAAAUCCCAAGUCAUCCAUCAUGUCAGCAGAGAAGAGAGCUCGUCUGAGGAGUAAUCCAGUUAAAGUGCGCUUUGCAGAGGAGGUGGUGGUCAACGGGCACACUCAGGGAAACUCUCUUCUCUUCCUGCCCAACGUCCUAAAAGUCUAUUUAGAGAAUGGACAGACCAAGGCCUUCAAGUUUGAUAACACCACCACUGUAAAGGACAUUGUUCUGACUCUGAAGGAUAAACUGUCCAUCCGGGCCAUCGAGUACUUUGCCCUGGUGCUGGAGCAACAGUACAGCAUCACUAAACUACUGCUGCUGCAUGAAGACGAACUUAUACAGAAGGUGGUACAGAAAAAAGACUCCCAUGAUUACCGAUGUUUGUUCAGGGUGUGUUUCAUCCCCAGAGACCCCAUGGACCUGCUGCAGGAUGACCCCUCUACCUUUGAGUACCUCUUUUUACAGAGUGUUGGGGAUGUGCUGCAGGAGCGUUUUGCCGUAGAGAUGAAGUGUAACACUGCACUUCGCCUGGCAGCGCUGCACAUGCACGAGAGACUAGAUAGUUGUGGACAGACCAGGGCGUCUAUCAAGAGUAUUACGAAGGAGUUUGGCCUGGACAGCUUCAUCUCUCCCACACUGCUGAGUAACAUGAGGGAGAAGGACCUGAGGAAAGCCAUCAGCUACCACCUCAAAAAGAUCCAGUCCCUGCUAGAGCCACGCCAGAAGGUAAUAUCUGCAACUCAGGCUCGGUUGGCCUACCUCACUCAGCUGGGAGAGCUCAUUUCAUAUGGUGGACGAUCAUACACGGCUACGAUGAUGCUUCAAGACAGGGAGGUGCUGGUCAGCCUGCUGGUUGGAGCCAAGUAUGGGAUGAGUCAGAUCAUCAACCACAAGCUCAAUGUGAUCUCUACGCUGGUGGAGUUCAGCAGCAUCAGCCGAGUGGAGUUGCUCUCAGAGUCGGACAAAGUCAGUCUGCUGCGCAUCUCACUGCACGAUAUGAAGCCAUUUGCCUUACUGAUGGACUCUCUGGCAGCCAAAGACUUAGGGUGUCUGCUGGGAGGCUACUGCAAACUCCUGGUGGAUCCCAGUGUCAAUGUCUUCCGUCUGGGGCGCCCAAAAGUGAGGGUGCACCGGAUUCCUGCUGAAGAAGGUGUGUGUGGGAGGUUCGCCGUAAUAGAGGGCGUGUGCUAUGAAUCCCUAUCAAGUUAUGUGUCCCGCUGCUGUAGUGACUCAGAUGACUCAACGGAUGAGGAUGACCCAAUGGAUUCUCAGAAUUACAAACGUCCAGACCCUGCAAGUCAGGACUGGGAGGAAAGGAGGCGAGAGGAGGAAGGGAAGAGGAGAGAAGAAGAAAGAAAAGAGAGAGAGGAGCACAAAGGCAAACAGGAAGUGAAGAUAAUAGUGACAACAGAAGGUAAGGAAAAUGAGGGUGAAGAGGAAGGAGGAGCAACAGGAAGUGGUCUGCGUAAAUUUAGUGUUAUGGAUGAGGAAAUGAACCUGGAGACCACCUGGUACCACACUGACCCACGGGUCACCAGCAGCUUCUCCAGCUUGUCCAGUGGCUCCUUGAGUGCUGCACUGGAAGAAAGCAGUGCAGCAGCUAAAGCCCCAUCCAGCUUGGAUGUUCACCACCCCUACCUCCUAGAGCCAAAACGCCACCAGGGCCCCCUGCGACCCACCAACCUCAAUUACCGUGGCAAUGAUAACACUUGCCUUUGCUUUGCUGAGCUCUCCAAGGCUGAUUUCCUCCCUAGCCCGCCUGAGGCCACAAGUGAUGAUGACGAUGAUGAGGAGGAGGAGGAAGAGCACGGAGUGGAGGAACUCAGGCGCAUUUCUAAGAUCCCCAGCUCAAGAGAUUUGAGAAUGAUUGACAGCACGCCCUUUCAAAGAUCCCCAAUUAAAAGAAAGAAAAAGAUACCCCCCAAAGUCCCACUGAGGACAAGUUCAAUUCCCGGGCAUAAAACAGGACAGGCUGAGCAGCGCCUCUCCAAGGAUGAAGAGGGUCUGUUCCUGACGCCUUCACCCAACCCAAAACCAGCUCUUUUGGUCAAAGAGACUGCUUCAGAGUCUGAGGAUGAGUUUUUUGAUGCACAGGAGAGAUUUACUCCCCCAGUUCCUGAUCUAUCAGAUGCCGAACUGGCAGACCGGCGUAAUGCUAAUCGGUUGAGUGGAACCUGGAAUGGUGUUCCAACUGCCCCAGGAAAAGAGCCAUCCUCCCCCCUUGCCAAUAAAGCCCAAUCCUCUAAAAUAAAGAAGGAAGUGGAGAUGCUUAAAGGGCCCACAAAUCAACUUUCCAACCAACAGCCCAGUCCACCAAAGCUAUCACAGAAACCUGAAGUUAAAGUCAAACCACCACUGGCCCCUAAGCCCCAGCUGCCUCCCAAGCCUCAGAUUAUUCCUCCCAAGUCCCCCCAGCAUGGGAGAUCAUAUGCCCACUGCAAUGGGGAUGCCUCUGGCCGCCUGUCUUCUGAACUCUUGGAAAUGGAACCAGACACCAUGGAGUUCAAGUCUGUAACUUCUGGGGCAGGUGGACUGCCUCUCUCAUCACCUUUGAUCACAGCAGUUAGGUACAGCAAGCAACCCCUACCAAAUACAACACCACAGACUGAGGAAAAGACAAAGAGGCAAGAAAACAGCCCAAGACAGAAUAAAGAUCUGACGGAGGAGAAUGGAGCACACGUGGUUGCCAAAGACAAAGCAAACAUUCCUGAUGAAAAGGAGACUCCUAAAGUUGAGGGGACAAGCAAUGGAACAGCCCUACCUGCAAAGAAGUCACUACACCUACCCCCUAAUCCUCCUUCUAAUUCAGGUACAAAGCUAUCUGUUCCCCCUCCAGUGCCCCCCAAACCUACUUCUCCCUCCAGUCUUCACCCCUUGUCACUACCUGCUAGCUCCCCUGUCUCCCCUGCUGAUCCAGAUAAAGGGAUCUUCAAGGAUAGCGCGAGUCCACCAAAUGGAAUCCAUCCCUGGAGCAGCCGCAAUGGCAGCAUCCAGUCAGGACCUCGGAGGGUCUCUCUGAGCCAUGAGAGCCUGUCACCCAAAAAUACUGACGCACCUCUCACCCUUACCACCUCCCUCACCUCAACCAACUCUAAAGGUGUUGGGGGCCUAGAAAGCAGAGAACCCGGAAGAUCUGGAUCAGGAUCAGACCUGAGAACCAGCUCCUCCAGCCUGGGUGGCAGGCUACCAGCCUCUGCCCUGAGAGGGAGGAUCCAGGCUCUGCCUUGGUACAUGACUCGUUCCCAGGAGAUUUUGGGGACUCUGGACUAUCCCUCCACUAACUCCAUCAACGGAGACACGUCUGGCUUUGGCUCUGGUUUGUCUGUAGCCAGUGGUUUGUCGGACUUAAACAAAACACCUGUCAAGGAAAAGGAGACUGAGACUUCAAAAUCAGUUGGGAAAGGGAACAUUUUAGAGGAUGGAGCUGAGGUUGUCAUAGCCACCAUAAAAGAGGCCCAGGAUGUGACGUCAUACAUGAAAAAGGCCAGUGGAACAAACGGCUCACACCCUAAUCUGACUUUUAAAGAGAAUAGUGCACACAGUGGCAGUGUUUCAUCAGAGCAGCCUCAAUCACGGCCCCACUCAGCAGUGGGGCUGGGAGGCGUGUCCAGUAUGCAGAUUGGUGGUGACUCACCGACUUCCUCACUUGCAGACAGUACUCCACCACAGCAGCACCGGGAGGCUUGUGGCUGCCGCACCGUUUACGCCAACUGUUUCAGUGGAGACACAGAGGAUGGUGUUAGUUUUGAUGAGGAGCUUACCGUUUACGAGUUCUCCCGCCGCACACGGCCCAAACCUGCCCGUCAGGCACCUGUCCCUUCUCCUACCACACCCUCUCCAAACCCCAAUAUUUUGUCUCUGCUGAGAGACAACCCCCGCCCACUCUCUACUUUUUCCACUGCCUCCUCUGAACUCAGUCCACUAGUUUCAUGUCCGGUUUCCCCGACAACCUCUUUUGGUGGUCCUCUUCGCUCUCUUACCAACAAGAAUUAUGGUGGGCUGAAGGGAGGUUUUGCCUCCCUUCGUCAAGAUAUAGACCAGCUUCUGCUGGUCUUAGAGAAAGGAGCACUUGAGCAACAACAUCAAACAUUAUGUCAAGGCUCAAAGCAGGAUAUCAAAGGCAUAAAAGUAGGGCCUGACCUAAAUCACAAUGGAAAUGAAGACAGCACUACCCCAGCAGUAGGCCCAAACUGUACUGGGACAAGCCCUGCCGCCAUGACAGAGGCUGAAAGAAGUCUUCUCCAGGCAGAGGCUCGCCGAUUGGCAUCUGGGUGUCAGCGGGCCACACGUGUAGGCUGGGCUCCUGAUGAGGCCCUGCGUUCUUUAUCCAACAGCUUCAGUGCUCUGGUUCAAUUGUCUGCAGCCUGCCUGCGAACAAACCCCUGCACUGGCUGUGACAUCUGCCAUAAUGCGAGUCUGGAUGAUGACAGCCAGGAGGCCAUGGACAAGCUAAAGGAGAUAGUGGGUCUGUAUCGGGAGUUUGUUGGGGCUGUUGAGACAGCUGGAACUGGUGCUGGGGUUGGGGGUAAGAGUGUGGGCCUCACUGGGUCUGGACAGGGUCAGGGGGAGAGUGACGGGGUGAGGCUACUGGCCAAGCGCUGCACUGUGCUCAUCUCCUCUGUUUUCGCACUCACACAGCUCUUCCGGACACGCACACUAGACACCUCGGACACGCCUGGUCACGUACCUCUCAACUUUUGACCUGUGAACUUUUACCGACUAAUAACACACUGACUCUGGAGGCGAGACAAGAUGAAACAGCACAGAGUGAACUGGUGUGUAACCCCUGUGUUCUUGUACAGUAAGUGCCAUGCACACCACAGCACACAGACAUAAAUCCACAUUACACAUACCCACAUGGAAACCCUGAACGAAGAGAGGAAACUUAAUUGCUUGGUCUCUUCUUGGACGCAUAUGGACUAUGCAUUUGUACAUAUGAAUUUUAUAAUUAUCUUAUAAUUAUCUUAUUUUAUGAUACAAUAUGUGUAUGUAUGUAAGGAUGAAUUACCCAUGUAUGUAUUUAUGUAUUUAUUUUUACAAUAUUUGCACCAUGAUCUGUGCCAUGCAGGUCUCUGGUGAAAAAAAAAAAACUAACUAUGGAUGUCACUGGAAUUUUUAUUUUCCCUUCUUAUUGAGACAGUAUUAUGUUAUCUUUUGCUGCUUUGAAGAUAUCUCCACUCCACAAGGUGUAAUCUGUAAAUUGUCAUUUUUCAAGUUUAUUACUACAGUUUGUUUUACUGACAAAAUGCAGAAAAUAUGCUUUAUCACAAUUGCAAAAUACAGUAACUGAUUUGUUUUGUAUGUGCAGAUAUUGCACCUUUUUAAGGAUUUAGUUUUUCAACAUUACAGUCAGAUAUAAAUUGGAUACAAAACUAUACCAUUACAAAGCAGGGAGAGCACUUUUGACUGUUACAGAUUGCACCUUUUUAUGAGACACAUACCCUUGUGUAAAGUGUUUUUUCUACCCCUUCCCCGGUCCUGACUGACUCUGAGUGAAUGCUUCUUGGAAAUACUCCCAUUACCCAAACGUAUGCAGUAUUAUAACAUUAAUCUAAUUUUCAUCCAAAGGACACUACAUAUAUAUUUUCUGGGAAUGUGUGGAUGGGGCCAAGGGAGCAGAACAGGGGACCUUAUUUAUGUAGUUAAAAAAAAAAAAAAAAAAAAAAAAAAAGUAAACAAGUUGUUGAGUUGGCACAAGGGUGACUGUUAAACUCUGUCCAGAUGUAGCAAAGAUCCAAAGUCUUAAAACACUGAGCCACAACUGUUCCCCUCUACGGUUUCUUCUUUGGGCACACCACCUUAUUAACAGAAUAGUGGCAGAUGGACUGACUGCUGUAUGCUGGGGUCAGAACUGUAGAUAUACAUUUAUAUCUCUGUGUCCUAUUCUGUCUCUACCUUAGUUUAUGGCUAUGCAAACUUAAACCCCUCACCCCCCACACAUACUGUAUUUUUUGUGCUAACAUUAAAAACAACAAUAGCUGAAUUACAGUAUGUUUGUUUAAAGAUAAUGGGUGCUUUCUUUGUUUGGAAUGUUGGCUUUUGUCUUGUUUUGGGAAAACUUGCCGCAUUAUGGAUUGCAACAUUCUGCAAAAGUUGCAUGAAAUUAUCAUUGGUCAAUAUUAAGACUCCUGUCUAUACUGAUGUCUGUGAAUUGUCAGUAAAAGGAUUACAUUGCUCGAUCAGUUUGCUGAUGUACAGUGUUCACUAAUCAGCUCGUCCAUUUCACAUGAUGCCAGCUCAUUUGACGAGCCGUCCGUUCUGAAGGAUUUACUCAAGCCACCUACGACAACAGGAAGGUAAUUAAGGCAAAUCAGUCAGCAGUUGCUUAUACAAAUAUGAUAAGGGGAUUAGACGAAAUAAAGACUGCUUAAGUGUUCAUAGGCAGCUGGUGAAGAGAUAGGUAGUAUAUUUAAUCUUCUAAAUAGAUGACAGAGGGAAAUUUUGUCAAGGUGGCUAUGAUUUAAAAAAAAGAAAGAAAGAAAGAAAACAAGAAGGCAAGUCUCAGAGCUUCCAGUUGCCAUGGAGGUAAUGUCCAGUUGCAGUGUCCAUCAUAGUACUAACAUCAAGACAUACUGUAUGUCUCAGGAGCAUCUCUAGUUGUUCGACAAACAGGCCAAAACAGUGAAGAGUGCCUGUGUCACCAAUUUGUUUUGUUUCUGUACGGUAAAAUGGUAUCAACAGCGUUUCAUAUUCAAAGAGGACAUUGUGUUUCUACAUGAGCAGUCACUUUUCCGUACCCACGUACAAUGAAGUCGAUGUAUCAAGAAAUGUAUUGUUUGGGAAUAAAUUACACACUGACCUUAAUAAUGCUGGGGAUCCAAGUAUUUGGGUUUUGUCUUGUAUUGUGCCACAUUAAUUUCAUGUACAAACAUCCAGUUCGUGUAAGCUGUCUCCCUAAAUAUUAAGUCCACCAAUCAGAUCAGAGGACAUUAAAUUUACCACCUUGGUCAAACUUUAAACCUAGAGUAAAAUAUUAUAACAACAGAAUGGAGACCUGACGAUAAAUCUGAGCAGUUUUAAUGGCCUUGCUGUUUGUACCAUCUCCUCACCACUAAUUAGUUAAUAAGCAUUACUGUGGGAUUUCUUUCCCAGCAGAGUUGCUGCACUGCCACGAAGGCAGUGUUUAUGCAUGUGUCACUGUGACCUGCUUUCUCUUUUCUCUUUCUCUCAUUUGCUACGGCGAAUGCCUCUAAAUUAUUUACAGAGCCGAGC